GCCACGCUUGCCGUAAAGUUCAUCCAUGACAAGCACAUCCUUCACAGGGAUUUAAAGCCUGCCAACUUCUUCCUCACAAAGAACGGGUCUUUGAAGAUGGGAGACUUUGGAAUAGCCAAAACGAUGGCUUGCACUCUGGCAUGUGCAAAGACCAGGAUUGGCACCCCAUAUUAUUUGAGUCCAGAAGUAUGCCAGGAGAAGCCGUACAACUGGUCAUCCGACAUGUGGUCAAUGGGCUGCAUACUGUACGAGAUGUGUGCCCUGCAGGUGCCUUUCGACGCCCACAGCCUUUCGGGCCUUGUGCAGAAAAUCUGCUACGGCCCGUUGCCCGUGGUUCCGGACUGCUACUCUGACUUCCUUCGCCGGCUGUGCAGACAACUUCUGGACCGUGAGCCGAAGAAGAGACCGUCCGCAGACGAGGUUAUCGAACAAACUUCGACUAAAGUCUCUUGGCAAGGUGAUAGGACGGGCCAAUACAACACGAUGUCUGCAGAAGUGAAGGAGGUCGAUAGUGAUACCCUUGACAAAGCUCUGGGAAUGGGGGGCUUGGACAUAAAGGAUAUUGGCGAAAAGCUGUCAGACAAACGCCCUCUGGGCGGGGCAGACUUUUAUGGCGUGGAAAAACUUGAAGGUGUGGAAGGAUAUCGGUUUGAAUUCGUCGGCGACACCAUUCAUGAGUAUGUGCUGCAUGCGCUGGUGCGGAAGGGCUCGAGCAACUUGCUGUGCACCGUCACCACCCGAGCGGCAGGCCUCUUAUGGGCCGACAACAAUCGCUUCCAGACCUUUGCGAAGAUUAUGGGGAGCUUCAAACCCCAGGCAUCUUAUUAUUUUCUUAAAGGGUUCUCGCAUCAUGCUGGCAGCUGUCCCUUACGACUUGUUUCUGGCGUGCAGGUCCUACAACUUCCCGAAAUUCAGCGGGUCGUGCGACAGAUGCUCGAGGAAGUGAGAAGUCUCCAGCGAGAGGAAAGUGCAGCCAAAGGGACAGCUGCUGGUGUGGCGGGCACCUACAGGAAAGAUGACCUCGCGGAGUACUACUCGGUCACUCAUGGGGAGUGGCUCCCUUGCGUCGUGAUCGACGCAGACGCUGUGGGCCGAGUGAUGAUUGACCUGCGGCCCGGCGUGUGGCUCUCGCCUGACGUGCAAGCGAGCAAGAUGCGACCACGAAGAGAAGGAUCCAGUGAUAGCUCUGGGAGUGAGGAAGCGCGGCACGAGAAAGCCUCUGAGGAACAUGGCCCGGGAGGCGAGGUGCCCAUCCCAGCUCCUGUGGAGCAGCUAAAAAAGCUGCCGAAUGGGAGAAGGAGGGCCAUCGGCGUAGCGCUCCGUCUUCGGGACUCCCCAAGACCUCCGGAGGAGCCAAGGGUGGUUCGCUGCCACGAGGCCAACUACGAUCAGCUCGACAAGCUAAUGGGGCAGGACAAGGCCCGGCCUGUUGGGCGGAGUCCAUCAGUUGGUGCCAUCGACUGCCAUCAAGCGCCCAUGAGGCGAGCUCCGUCUUACUCCGGCUUAGCCAGCCGACCGACGCCCCAAAACCGAAGGCCGGCUUUGGCCCCACUGGAGAAUCCGCCCAACAGCCGGCCGCCAUCGUCUGACAGUGUGGGGACGCCCCCACUGCAAGCUGCGAAGGCCAAUCUGGUGUGUGUCAGAUGA